AAUCGACAAUCCUAAGAAUAAUGCAUAAAAAGGAAUCGGGAGUGGUCGGUUACUGAAUGAUUGAUGGAGGAGGAGGAAGACCAGCUGAGCAUCAGCAGUGCAAUGGAUGAGGAAGAGACGUUCGAGGACCCCGGAACGCCCCUUUCCGUCAUAGCAGAGGCAUUUGAGGAGCUCGCGAAGACCGUCUCCAUCAACUCCGAGGAUCUUCGCUUGGUUCCUUUCUGCGAUGCCUGUUCCCUUGUCUCCGUUCUCUUUGGGUGCCUCGGCUUCGCUUUCAAAUUUGCCGAAUUGGAGUACGUCGCCAAGGUGCGUGAUCUAGUAGAAGCAUCCAAGAUAUUUGACACUCUAAAAAGUAUUCUUGAACAUGAUAUUGAAAAUGAUACAGUGAGAACACCGGGGAGCCAUUCACGUAAUUUACGUAGAGUUAGACAGGGUCUUGACCUCAUCAGAGCUUUAUUUGAACAAUUCCUUACAUCUGAUGAUUGUUCUUUGAGGGAAGCAGCUUCAACAGCUUAUGAACGGGUCUGUGCCCCAUACCACACAUGGGCUGUCAGGACAGCAGUUUUUGCUGGAAUGUUUGCUCUUCCAGCAAGGCAGCAACUUAUAGAGCAGCUAAAUGAAACAGACCACUCAGUAGAGAAGGAAAUGAGAAGAUACAUUAAUGCCUCCCUCCCAGUAAUAGAAUUCAUCGAUAAGCUUUACAUCUCAAAGAAUAUAGACUUGGACUGGUGACCUGAACUGUUGUUGUUUAUCUCGUACUGUAGCAGCACUGAAGUCCACCUUUUGCAAUUUUGAAAGUGUGAUUAGGUGUAAGAAAGUCUGCAGCUUUUUCAAGGCAAAGUCAAACUCCACAGUAUAUAGCUCAUUAUUUUCCUCUGAUUCUGUGUUCUUUGGAUAUGUAAUACUAUUCUGGUUUGUGUGAACUUUGAAACGUUGGUGUUUGAUGCCAAGC